AACCACGCCAUGAAGUCCAUGGAACUCUUUGUAGGCUGCCGCAAUAAAUUUGUGGCGUGGCAUUGAUCUUUUUAUGAACUUGCAAACUUUUAUCAAUUUAACAUGUAAUCUACAACACAAUAAAAUGUGUAAAAAGCGACAGGGUCUCAAUAUUUCUGAAGCCACAGUAUCUAAUGAAACAUGUUGCCCAGAUUUGGUGAGUGGAGAGCAAUCCAAUGUUUGACUUUAUUAAAGGCGAUUGACAACAACACAGCUCUGAAGUUUCUGAAGUCUAUUGGUCACUCCUGCUCCAAAGAGACACUUCUGGAAUCUGAACUUCUCAUCUUAAAAACAUUGAACUUCUGCAUUAAUGUCCCGAAUCCUCUAAUGUAUGUGGAAACACUCCUGGAAGUUCUGGGGUACAACAAUGCAUCCGCCCCCGUGUCUCAGCUGUACUCCCUCUGCCACUGCCUGCUCCGGUUCACCUAUCUUCAGAGGAAGUCCAUUUACCACUCCCUGCUAGUAUCUGCAACCAAGUGUACCAGUCCAUCAGAGGAGCAGAGAGUGAAGUUUGCUGAAGUGACUGAGGACUUAAUGUUACUGAGCGUGGGCGUCAUUGCUGCUGGUGCUUUUAUCUUCAACGUCCCCAAGUGGGAGCAGAUACAGACAUGAGUAAAAACAUCAAAAGCAGAAAAGAACUGAAGCACAGCCUACAGCAGCAGAGGUAUUAAGACAAGGGCUCUGUAACUAAGUGCUCGUCUGAAAACGGAGCUGCGUGAACAGGAUCUGAUAUUUUUUUUUUAGUUUCCCCCAUGUAGAAGAAAAACAGCUACGCCCAAACUGAAGCGCAACUGGAAUCGGCCCCUGUACACAUUGUCUACUUCUCGCUUGAACAAGCUAAGAUAAUCCGGCUAAAGGGAACGUUUCACCUAUGUGCUAAGAGCAGGUAUGGGAUCCCCACGGCAUCUCUUUUGUCAUACUAAUGUCAACAAAGCCCAGCUCCCAGCAGACAGAUAAUCUGGUGGCUUGAGCAGGUGUUUUGUUUCUCUCGCCUCAAACGGCACAGCUGCAUUGUGGGCAAAGCUCUCACGGUGAAGGCGCCGUUGCUGUUCGCCACGCUCCAGGAGCCGAAGGUUGCGCAGCAACACCUGUGGAACGAGGGGGACACAGUGCGGUCAUGUCCACUGAAACACACCACUGAAUCAUAUAUGCAACCUCCAAUGGGACCAGACCUGGGUGAAAUGAUUGAGAUACUUUAAGCCAUUAAACACCAGUAGUAUUCUUUCAGUUGAAAGUUUUCCAGCUACUGACAAUUUUAACUUGUA